AUGCCGAUGAUGUUCACCCCGGACGACACGUUGCUGUUCUCACCUAGCAAGAAACAGCCGUUUGCUCACUCACCUUAUGGUCACGAGAUACGGACUGCGACUCGAUUUUCGCAGGCUAGAGCAAAGUCCGACGUUGCACUCAAGAAGCUGGUAGCCGAAGGCGGAUUAAGACCUCCAGUGUACAUGCGCGACCGACGGUGGAACAGGGCAAGAAACGGGUACCUGAUAGCGAAGCAGCGACUCGAGAAGACACGCAAAGAGGAGCAGCUGCGCUGGGAGCGCGAGCGAGCGUGGGACGACGCUCACAGCCAGUUCAACCCCAACAACAUCCAGGCAGCAGUCUUACCCAACAAAUCACCCUCGUUGUGCCCCGUCUGUGACUCCUUGGUAUCAUCUUACCCCACAACUAUGCCUGAGGCGCAACCCACAAAGUACGAGGCUUGGUGGGAGAGACCAAGCGCUCUUGCCACCUCACACAUACUCGUGCGCCAGACACCACCACGUUCGCGCAACCAACAUCCUACACCCUCGCAAGCACAUAGGGGCAACCCCAUACUGCGCCAGAUAAUCGCAGACAAGCGCAAAGAAUUGCACUCGGACGCCAACUUGCGACGAGCCUGGGAAGCCCGAGACAAGACCGAGGCGGCACUGCGUCGCAAGCACGGCUUGGGCGACAUGCCCAUCAACAAAGACUUCUGGGACUACCCGAUCUCUGGAUACUUUAGUCGCCUUACCCAUCAGAAUAACAGAGAAAUGGUACGUUCGGCGGAACGGCGCGCGCGCGGUAACACAGCGCGCCCCAGACCACCGCGCAGCUCACUGUCUUACUCGGAGACGACGGACGAUGUGGAAGUCGAGCCGGGCUUUGAGGAAACGCUGAAAGAGAAGGAAGAACGCGAAGAAUGGGAGCGACAAGUUCGGAAAGUAGCAGGCGAAGUUGGAUACCUUUAUUUCGUUGGCGGUGGCAACAACCUUUUGGAAACGUGGGAAGAAGAUUACGAGCGGAGUGCCGACUACCUUGUUACGAGGAAUGAGACUCCUGUAGCGGAGACGGCGAAUGAGGGCGAUGUCCACGAUGGGAGUGAGACGACGGAUGGUGAUGCCGAUGAGGAGGAUUGGGGCGAUGAAAUGGAUGUCGAUGAUGCUUAG